AUGGCCGAGGUCGGCCGGAGCGCGCGGAGGAGGGCGCCGGCGCUGCUGGAGGGGGCCCGCGCGCGCUGCGAGAGCCCGCACAUCUGGGACGACGUGUUCGGCGAGUCCAGCCCGGACAUCGGCGGGGACCCCUUCUACAGCACGUCCGCCGCCUCGUGCUCCUCUUCGGCCGCCGCCUCGGACGACGAACAGGAGCGCCCCGGCACCCCGCCGCCUCCCGGCGCCCCCGAAGCGCAGGAGUCCGACGAGGACGAGGCCAACGCGGGUUGGAGUGCCACGCUGCGGGACCGCCCGCCCACGCGCUUCGAGGACACUGGCGAUGUGUGGAGGGCCAUGGCUGACUUGGAUGCAGUAGGGGUCAUCUCACGGCACAUGGAAUACACAAUUUAUCUUGCUUCCUGUCUUGAUAACGACAUCUUGGUUUUCAAGCUGCCUUAG